AUGGCUCAGUGGGGCUCAUAUGGUUCUUACUGGCAAGGUGCUUGUCCAGGAUAUUAUGAUUAUACACAACCUGCCCAGACAUAUGAUUAUAAUCAUCAAACCAUCCCAGUCCCAUCAGUUCAAGAAAAACCUUCCACACCUCCCCCACCCGGAGUAGAAUCUACUGCUCCCAAGAUGGAUGGGACUGUUACAAUGACAAGCUCCAUUUCGGCAACUUAUGACACAUCGUGGUGUACUUCGACCCCGUUUCAUUCUCAGAACUUCGCUUGUGCUUAUACUUAUUCACCUACGCUCCCACCCCGUCAACCGGUCAUGUUCGACCCAAGUCCACAGAGGCCUAUGGUGCCAAACGUUUCGUAUUCUUCAUAUGGUUCUUCCCAGUUCCCGUUGCAUGUACAAAGUCAGUUAGGGUGUAACUGGAACUCAGUGAGGCCUACUUAUGGUUAUCCAGUUAACGGCGGUUCGGUUCAGUCAUUUAGUAUGUGGCCAGACGGAAGACCAUCUGUUCAUCCCAAUGGUUUAGCAGUGACGGGUCCACGGUUUCCAUUCCAGGGUACUUUAGAUUCUUCAAACACAGUGGCUAGUGAAAAUACUGCGAAUACCCCAAUUUCUAAAGAAGUCUUACAGCAACCACCUGCUAGUUUUCAGGACAAAGGAGCAAAAGAGCAGUGGAGCGAUGAACUCAAAGAGUACGUCCAGCGAGCUUUUUGCAGCAUUGAUACAAGUGAGGAAAAAGAUCAAAUGGAGCGAAUUUUAAAAGAAAAAUUGGAGUACGUUUUUAGAAAUAACAUCAAGGUCGAUUGGAAGACAGAAAAUAUUCCAACUAUCCCUAGUCGUGCGAUUGCUAGUUUCCGUAAAUCCUUUAAUAUCAGGGGUAAUUCUGUCAAUGUCGUGCGACCUGUUCAACUUCCCAGUCCUCGUGGACUUCGCCCAACGGGUCCAUCAAGGGGAGCUCCUGCACGUCUUCCUGUUGGGCUUUUGUCGAGAGGUGGCCGCAAUGUGUUUUCGUCUUCAGUUGUUAAGAGUAUAUCACCAUCCAAAAAGUUGCCAUCGAAAUCUCGCUCACCUAGUCGUUCUCCUGUUUCCAAACCUUUAAAAGAUUGGCAGAGAAAGCGUUUAUAUAGAUCCAGGUCUAGUUCAUCUUCAAAAUCACGUGGCUCCCCUCAUUCUUCAUCCUCAAGUAGUUUCAGGACAAAACGCCAUCGGCGUCGGGACUCUCGGUCGCGCUCUGGUUCUCGGCAUGCGCAGCGAAAACCGAAUGAUGUAAAGGAUUCUCAAAAAAGUACUCCGCAAUUAACCACCAGGGGGAAUUCCAAAGGUAGACGGCGAAGACGUGGUGUUGCUUCAAACGCCGACUCAAGUACAGACGCAAAUACUUCUAAUGAAGAUGGGACAGCUGUAAGGGGUCGUGGACGUGGCAACUGGCGUGGUAAACGUGGAAAUAUUUCAAAGCAUACUCCUCCAAGUGAAUCUCGCCUUACACAACGAGCCAGUAGAUUUAAAGAUCAUCUAGUGCAGUCACCUAUUGGAUCAGGCUCCAUUGGACGAACCACAAGUCAGUUGCUUUCGAAUUACACUGACGAACGUGAUGAUCUAGCUGUUGAUUUUGGUAGCUGUCAAAUCAUUGGUACCAUGCAAGAAAUAGAAAAACAAUACUUAAGACUGACUCGAGCCCCAGAUCCUACAGAAGUGCGACCCUUAGCAGUUUUGAAGCUUUCUUUGGAGCACGUCAAAGAAAAAUGGCGUUCAAAUACCGAUUAUCACUGGGUGUGUGAGCAGUUCAAAAGUAUACGUCAAGACUUAACUGUAAGUCUUACUGUUGCUUCUCCUGUUGUUAUUUUGCGCAUAUCGUUAUCAUAUUAAAGUGACUGAAGUCCAAAGUAAUUGGAAGUAACUACUAUAUUUCUAAUUUAUCGCAAAAACUAGUUUAGACGUGUCUGCUCUCAUCCAGCCUCUCAUCUAUCCGACUGAGGUGACUCAGUUAGCCUCUGGCAUCCAUUUAUCCUUACACGAUGCUUUGGAUAACACGCAGUACAUAAAUAAUUUAUUAGAUACAGUCGGUGUUAUAAUGCAUGACAUUCUGAACACAUUGUGUGCAUAUGAGAGAAAGUUCCUUGUGUUUUUGCACGCAUUCGAUGUUAGAUGAUUCCUAAGAACUUGUAUGCUUUAGCAUCUUAAGCUUAUGUUAUAAGCAAAUAAAUCAUCAACUUUAUUUAUCUGAAUAGUUAAUUUAAUAAACAAAUUUUACGAUAACAUGAGAGUGAAUGAGAUUUUGUUUCUUCAUCAUUGUCAGUUGAUUCGUUUGAAACUUGACAGAUUAUUACCAUCUAUUUUCUUGAUCACAGCCCCCAAAUGCCCUGGUACGGCCGAGAGUGGGGAGAGUCCGCUCUCCCUCUCGAAAUGCUCUCACAUGGCCAUGCGUAUAUAGCCUCUGCCAGGGAAGUCCUACUCACUGCCUUCUCGCACCACGGGUGUUGUUUACGAAAAUGAGAGGACGAAAAGCGAAUGUCUGGCGCUUUAACCGGACCCCAAACCAAUGGUGCACAUGGGCUCCAGUAUCCUGCGGGAACAAAUGGCGUAUGAACCAAUCGUUGGUCACCAUCUACCAUGGGACUGCAUCUCCUUACGAUGCUCCACUGCCUUGUGGGUCAGACGUUCAGGUCAAAGGCUCGGGGUGUGGCCCCCUAAGAAAACCACCUGCUUCGGUUUGGGCACCCGGACAGUAUCACAGCCCUCACACAAAUCAAUUGAGAUUUGUGUGGCGCAUAUGUAUUUGG